UCAAAAGAUGGCCUCCCUUCAGAGCGAGCACGUGGUUCCAAACGACGUCCCCAUCAAUCAACUUUCGUGUCGAACCGCUUUCGACGCUCUCACGCCGUCCGAGAAGCAAUACGCUCAUUACUUGUGUCAAGCUUCCUUCCAUGGCGGCCUCAUUGUCUUACUACAGACAUCAGAAGAAUCAACUGCCAUAUAUCUCAUAUUACAAAAGCUGCUUACGACUCAGUCUAUUCAGUCACUGCAUGACGGCAAGCCAGAGUCGGUUACUGAAGAAGAUUUUCAGGCAUUUUUAGUCUAUGCUGCUGCUGUCUUUACUAACAUGGGAAUUUAUCGAUCAUUUGGAGACAACAAAAUUGUGCCAGGGUUGGCGGAGGAGUUAUUUAAAGCUCUAGUUGAAAGCAGCGUUGCAUAUCAUAACGAUCCACCCGAGAUGGCCCACAUGUUGCUAAACAGUCAAAACGCAAUCUAUUGUCUUGACCCACGUGACAGAGAGCUUGCAUUUCCACCAAAAGGUAGAACAGCGUACUACACUACAAACUGCAGACAAGAAGAUGCCGAGUUUGUACAAGGAUUCAUGACCGAAAAGGGUAUCAGUCCUUAUAAUACUCGCUUGUUCAAGAAAGAUGUAGAUGACGUAGACAUGUAUGAGGUGAUAAUAGCAUCUGUAGCAAGAACAAGGGAUCCUAUCAGCUCAAAGGACAGGGUGGCUCCUCUGCUUGGUGAGCACAUGUACAAGGGCAAAUCCAUUCGAGUCACCAGAGGAGACUACUCACCUCUACUGGAAAGAGUUGUAGACAAUCUACAAAAAGCAAAGAGGUAUGCUGCAAAUGAGAAUGAGGCUUCAAUGUUGGAGUUCUAUAUCAGCAGCUUCAUGACAGGAUCAAUUGAGGAUCACAAGGACGGCUCACGUCACUGGAUCAGGAACAAAGGGCCAAUUGUUGAAUUCUAUAUAGGAUUCAUUGAGAGUUAUAGAGACCCACUUGGAGUAAGAGGUGAAUUUGAAGGCUUUGUGGCAAUGGUGAACAAGGAGAUGAGUCGCAAGUUUGGCAAAUUAGUGUCUCAAGCUGAGCAGCUGCUGCCAUUACUUCCAUGGCCACGAGAGUACGAGAAGGACACAUUCCUGAAACCAGACUUCACAUCACUCGACGUACUUGCCUUCUCAGGCAGUGGAAUUCCAUCAGGAAUCAACAUCCCAAACUACAACGAUAUACGUCAGAAUGAGGGGUUUAAGAACGUGUCGCUUGGCAAUGUGUUGUCUGCUUCGGCGGCUGACAAGAGAGUGAGCUUCUUGAGUGAAGCUGAUCAGGAGCUUUAUCUCAAACUGAAAGGACCAGCAUUUGAGGUGCAGGUUGGAUUACAUGAAUUGACGGGCCAUGGAAGUGGAAAACUGUUCAAAGAAGAGGAAGACGGAACGUUGAACUUCAAGCCAGAUGAUGUUCGUCAUACAGAAACAAACGAACCAAUCAAGUCUUGGUACGGUCCACACGACACGUGGGAUACCAAGUUUUCCACCAUAGCAUCGACAUACGAAGAAUGCAGAGCUGAAUGCGUUGGCAUCUAUCUUUGCCUCUCACGAGACAUUCUCAGCAUCUUUGGGCAUGAAGGUGAUGCAGCAAGUGAUAUUAUAUACAUCAACUGGCUGAACAUGGUUCGAGCUGGCAUUCUAGCGUUGGAGUAUUACUCACCAGAAACCAACAAUUGGAGACAGGCUCACAUGCAGGGUCGGUAUGUAAUAUUGCAAGUAUUGCUGGAAGCCGGUGAUGGGUUGGUGAACGUGAGUAAGAGUGUUGGUGAUGACGGCCAGCCGGACUUGGUCUUGCAUUUGGACAGAUUGAAAAUCGAAACUGUAGGGAAGAAAGCUAUUGGUGACUUUUUAAGGAAAUUGCAAGUGUACAAGGCUACGGCUGAUGUUGAUGCUGGUACUGCUAUGUAUGAGCAAUACUCACGAGUUUCUGAAGAAAAUGGCGGAUGGUUGUCAUUGAGGAAGAUCGUCAUGGCUAGAAAGACACCUCGCAGGAUGUUUGUUCAACCACACACAAUCUUAGAUGAAGCAACAGGUGAUGUUCAACUUGUUGAAUUUCCUGCUACAGCUGCUGGCAUAGUCGAGUCGUUUAUAACUCGCUUUCCUGUCUAUGACCAAGAAUUGGAUGAUUUGUGGCAUAUGUCCGGGCUAUAUAACUCAGACUACACAUGAACGCAACUACUCAGUACACUGUAUUGCUGCUGACGAAUGACACAAGAUGUGGUAGGUUUAAAUUUUUUGCUUAGUGUAGUUGCUUGCUGUGUCGAGACUAUGAUAUGAAAUUAAUUGAUUAGGCAACUUGUUUUGCCAUGAAUGAUUCUUUUGUUUUUGGCCUCCUAAUUGACUGCAAAUUCUUCAA